CUCUGGAAGGCUUCUGGGCAGAACAAAGCCAAGAUGAAUCUCCCCGUCCUGCUGGCUCUUCUGCUCGGGGCAGCUUCUGCUCUUCAUCUGAGGACUCCCAACUUUGAGAGCCCCGGGGGAGAUGAGAGCCAGCCUCAAAAUGGGGAGACAGCAGAACACGAGGCAAAGGAGGUCCCUGGGGGCGAGCUGACGCAGCUGUCCAUAGAUGAAGACGGAGGUUCUGGAAGUGAAUGUGCCCUUGAGGAAGAGAGAGCUGUUAAGGCAAUCUCAGACCUGGGUACAGUGGACAAAAGCUUUCAGUGCCCUAAGAAAGAGGACACAGUAGAACUUGUGGGAAGUCCUGGGUACAAGACCUACCAACGCUACCUCCUGGUGAGACAGCCGAUGAAUUUUAAUUACGCUCAGUAUACUUGCCAAUGUUGCUAUAGGGGCCAACUCACCUCCGUCCACAACUUCAACUUCAAUAACCAUCUCCAGUGCUUAAUCAGAGGACUCAACUAUGGCCAAGUCUGGAUUGGAGGACUUGUCACAGGAGUGGGUCACUGCAGACGUUUUCGCUGGAUGGAUAACUCUUCCUGGAAUUUUGGAUACUGGGCUCCUGGCCAGCCUGCAAUCUAUAAUGGCCAUUGUGUGACCCUGUGUACCCGAGGAGGCCAGUGGCGGCUGUCUCACUGUUAUACACAGCUUCCCUUCAUCUGUUCCUACUGAGCUGGACCCUGUAGGACAUUAGGGUCGCCCCCUCCUGCACGGCUGCCUCCUCCCCACUACCUGGGGCUCC